AUGACUGAAAGUGGCCCUGUCCAACAUCCACCGGCUGUGAAGGUCGGCGGUAGACGCCUGUCGAUCACCAAGCACAAGGUCCAUCUUCCUGCUCGAGAAACCUUGAGCCCCGAAGCUGCGAACAAAGAGGAAGAGCCGGCGGUGUCUGACUACCCCCGCCCCGCGCCUCCUAAUAGCGACGCCCCACACCACCACACUCAUCAAGAGGACCUGCCUCCUAAGAAGGAGAGGAAGCACGUUCAUGACAGCGAGAAGAAGAUGCAGGAAUACGCCCACUGGAAAAGCGAGUCCACACGUCCAACCAAAGAGCCGGAUGUUGGAAGUAGGAACCAGGGGACGGGAAUGCGAAUUGCGCAGCCUGCUGGAAAGAACUUUGGGCUUUGA